GGGAUAAAUGACAAAAAGAUAUUGGAACAUAACUUUGGAAGAGAUGAUGGAAGCAGGAGUUCAUUUUGGCCAUGGUACUAGGAAAUGGAAUCCUAGAAUGGCACCUUAUAUAUCUGCAAAGCGUAAGGGUAUUCAUAUUAUAAAUCUUACUAGAACUGCUCGUUUUUUAUCAGAAGCUUGUGAUUUAGUUUUUGAUGCAGCAAGUAGUGGAAAACAAUUCUUAAUUGUUGGUACCAAAAAUAAAGCAGCUGAUUCAGUAGCGCGGGCUGCAAUAAGAGCUCGGUGUCAUUAUGUUAAUAAAAAAUGGCUCGGUGGUAUGUUAACGAAUUGGUAUACUACAGAGAGACUUCAUAAGUUCAGGGACUUGAGAACGGAACAAAAGACGGGGAGACUCAACUGUCUUCCGAAAAGAGAUGCCGCUAUGUUGAAGAGACAAUUAUCUCGCUUGGAAACAUAUCUGGGCGGCAUUAAAUAUAUGACGGGGUUACCCGAUAUUGUAAUAAUCGUUGAUCAGCAAGAAGAAUAUACGGCUCUUCGAGAAUGUAUCACUUUGGGAAUUCCAACGAUUUGUUUAAUCGAUACAAAUUGUGAACCGGAUCUCGCGGAUAUUUCGAUUCCAGCUAAUGAUGAUGCUAUAGCUUCAAUCCGAUUAAUUCUUACCAAAUUAGUAUUUGCAAUUUGUGAGGGUCGUUCUAGCUAUAUACGAAAUUUUUGAUUAAUAAUAAGAUAAAUAAAUUAUUUGGUUUGGG